AUGAACCUUUUCAGAGAUACUGAUUUUGACUGCAGAGAGUUUAGACUAAAAAUAAGUGCUACAGGGACUACUAAAGAUGUAGCAGAAGAAUCCAUAUCAGAUGAUGACAAAAGGAGGAACUAUGGUGGGGUGUACGUGGGCCUGCCGGCGGACGCGGCUGCCAUGGCUCCCAGUCAGACGAAAGCUGCACCCAAAGAAGGAAAUAAAGACAUCAAGAUGCAAACAGCCCGAGUCUACUAAGACCAGUUGCCAGUGCUUUGGAGAGAGCUGUCUUUGUGCUGAAGAUUUUGAUAUUUACACAGCCUUCUGGAGAGCAAGAGAGAUCAGAGCACCAAAAAAUCCAAACUGUUUCAAGUUCCAGCUACGGGUAAAGCUUAAAGUACAGUGUUGAAUCAGUUUCCUAUGAUAGUUGCAUUAUGGAAACCUCCUGCUGUUCUCCAGUGAAAGAUGAAAUUGCUGAACUCAUGGUGGAUGUUUCUGCACAUGAGCUAACUUUGAUGAUCUGCAACUUAUUUCUCUGUGGCCAUAUUGCAGAUUCCAUCAGCUAUCAGCUACGCUUCAUAUAAUUUCUCCAACAACUUUUGAUAGAUUUUAUAUAGAAAACCAUCACUACUGUCCACUCAAUAGUUUCUAUGGUAGGUUCCUGUAAAUUAAUUGUCAUUUUACCUCAGAGUAAUAUAUUUGACAGGUUUUCAUCUUCUUGGGAAUAUUGCAAAUUUUAAUAUUUUUGCUGAGAAAUCUUAAGAAUAGGAUGAAAUGAGCAUAAGACCGUAAGGGUCUUUAUAAUUAUUACUGUCCCUUUUAUACCGUGAGAUAAGUAUUAGUGUUUAAUUUUCACCUCUUAAAAAGAUAUUGCUCAAGGAAAUUGAUUCAAAUAAGAAUUAUAUACUUCAUUGUGUUACUUGCAUGUCUGUUUAUAUUUUUAUUUAGUUAUAUCUCUUUUAUAAAGUAUUACAUGUAAAAAAAUACUAACAAAAUGAACAAUGAUGUGUUCCAUUCCAUGUUACAAUAAUAUUUCAUUGCAUAAGGAUGGAGUGAUAGUAUUUUAAGAGAUAGUGGGACUAAACUCCAGUCCUGCAUCCUCCUGACCUGUAGAGGAUUUUUGAUCAGUUAUUAGAGUUUUGUAUCCCCAUCUCAUCCAUAAGCAUCUCCAGUAUGGCAAAUUGAAACAGGAUGAGUGUUAUUACAACUUUAGCAAAUUGUUGAAGUUUUAAAAUUCAUUAAGUUAACAGCAAUUGUAAGUUUCACAUAGAAUAUAAAACAGAUUGUACAUUUACAGAUGGCUGAAUGAGUAUUUAAAUUAUUAAAGCCUUUUGCAUAAUUCUUUAGUCAAACUCUUUUUAAUGGGACUUGAUAUGCCAUACACUUUAAAUAAUCAAAUAAACAACAACAACAAAACAAUAUGCACCAUGUUAAUAUAUUACUGUACAUUAAUGACCAAUUUUAAAAUUAAAAGAAACAAAGCAAGCCAGAAAAUUUGGACAUGAAGAAAUAAGCCACCAUGAAAUUCCUGCCCUUUUCACUGAUGCCUAUUGCUACCAAUGAACUACCAUUGACUAUGAUUUCCAGUAACUUGCAGCUUUCACUUUUAAAUAGUGGUAGUUUAAUGUGAGGCUUGCAAAAAGAGAUAUUUAAAAGUA